AUGCCUAUACACCAUGCCAGGCCUCUGCAACAUCCGCAAUCACAGUCUUUGUCGCACAAGCUUCAGUGGUGGAUGGAUGUUAGUAAAUAUCUUGCAUUGAUGAAUUUGGAUCCUAUUAUAGACCAACCCUGUGUAUUUGCUGGGACUCCAGUCAAACUGGUCAAUGCAAAGCGGAGUCUUACGCAUCUGCAUCACCUCGGAUGUGGUAGCAAGUGCUGUUAUCAGAAGUCUAAUUCAUCGACAGCCUCAGCAUCUCUCCCGGAUCAAAGCAAAUCCUACCUGAUAAUAUCCACAGCAACAUUCUUGUCCACGGACUGUCUUGCAAGAAUGGAGGCGUCCCCCCUAUCUGGUGAUAAUGGCCACAAGUUUGUUGGUGCUCCAGAGGGAGUGGAUGUGAGUGGUGACUAUGGCACCCCCAGUCUCCUCUUCAUCUACUACAAUAAGCCGGUCUCAGACAAGCACCGGAAGGAAGUGCAAGAAUUGAGACAUGACCUGGAGACUUGGAACGCCUUUGAACUUGGGCGCGCCGAAUCCCAGGUCAACGAGCUGAUGCAGAAGGGGAAUCUGCCGACCGACGAUUACAACGAAUCGCGCGUCAGACGUACCGACUAUCGCAGCAAGGUGAUACAGUAUCUGCGCAAGGAACACGAAUCAUGGCUGGUGGAAGCCGACAAGAAGGAAUUUACCGUUGAGCUGAAGACCGACGAGAGGCACAUGAACAAGAAGGUCGAACAAGAGCUGCGCGGGCGAUUGGAAUCCAAGGAAAACCCGCCGUCGCAGUUUGGUGUCGUCUUGCGCAUCAUCAACCGCAUCAUUGCUGCACGCAAGCGAGACGACAUGCAGCAGUACCAUUUCACCAAUGUGGAAGUGUGUGCCGAUGGCAGGGACGAUCCAGUUGUCAAGUCAACCAUGUUCCGGGUCUACGAAGAGGGUGAAGAGGAUGACGAAGGAUCUGUCAAAGUCAAGAUUGACUAUGUCAACCAUCGCUGCCAGUUUAAUAGGGAACAUUGGGCCAAGGCACGACACAAUGUCGAGGACUUUAUCAAAGAAGGAGAGAGGAUCCGCCGGGCCAUGACAUUGAACUUUUGUGUCGAUGCCUAG